CCGGGGCGGUGGGGCGGAGCGAUCCCGGCAGCCGCACCCCCUCCGAGCGGGAAGCCCAGUGCUCCCCCUGCUGUCCCUAAAACCCGGUGUGCACGCAAAUGAACCGAAUUCUGCACACAGAGACACUGGUUUUAGUGCAGACUUGUACAUGUCUGGACGGUAUGGCAAACUAGCGUACCAGCAAGAAAAAAGUCUCAAUCAUUUAUACAACAUCCUAUCAGUAUAUAUACGCCCUCGGGGCAGUCCUGUAAGCCUGAUUAAUUACAAUAUUUGCAUACAACUUACAUCGCAUGACUCUUACUACUCAUGCUCAGUGAGUAGGGGGUCAUCUAGAGGCGGGAAGCCUCCGAGAAAAAGGUAUGGUUUUGUAUUAAAAGAAUAUUACCAUGUGUAAGAUUUGCUUUUGGUUAUGCACGUCCACAAAAUUUGGCAAUAAUCACUAGAUAAUCAAACAACUGCGCUGCAGGCAGCCAUUUUUAACACUGGUGAAUGUUAAGGGAUCUCUGGGCUCUAAAACAAAAAAAACCUUUAGAAGAUACCAAAUGUCUCUUCAAACAGUAAAUCAGACCCAAUCUUCACAUAACUGAGAAUGGGACCUCUGCCCAGGAAGAGUCCUGUGAACUCCCCAUGAAGGCCAAGGACACAAGCAGCAGUAAGCUCUGUGGUGAUGUGCAGGCAGAUGAAAUCUGGCUGCUUAGCAGUCCGCUCAACUCCUCUGCAACAGCUGAGCACAGCACUUGCCCUGAUGUUGGGGGUGUGCAGGGAGAGAGCAGAAGGGUCUUUUCUCCACGCAGGAGACCCUCUGGGCACAUCCCGGCCCCAGCCGCCCUCCAUGUUUUACAGCAACAGCUCAUGAGAGCACAGCAAUCAAGUGCAAGGGCAUAUUUUCUUUGCUUCCUAUCCUGUCCACCCCACAGCUGCUGCCAGCUCUCUCUUUCCCACAGACGUGGGACUGCUGCCUCCACCUCAGCGCUCCAGACGAAAGCGGAUCGCUCCUUCACGGAGGAGAGAGGCCCGAGCUGCCCUUAGCACGAGGCGAGGCAGCUACACAACCCAGAUAAACCCUGCGGUGCUUGGAAAGUAGCACCUGUACCGUGAACAUGCCUGCAGCGAGCGCUUCAGUCUCCAGCAGCAGUGCAGACGCCUCUGCAUCUUGCUUGUGCGAACGGCCACGCAGAUGUCGUUCGCUUUCUGGCAGGAAAGAAGUGCAAGCUGAACCCUCGUGGCAUGUAUAAGAAAACACCACUGAUGCUGGCAGUACAGCACCAGCACAAGGACUGCGUGACCGCUCUGCUGGAGCACGGUGCCGACGCCGACCGCAAAGGUGCCGGCGGCAACACUGCCCUUCACAUGGCUGCCCUCAUGCCCAGCAAAGCGAUGGUGGAGCUCUUGCUCGAGCACAAUGCCCAGAUUGAUGCUCGGAAUGACGUAAGCUUGGGCUUUGGGUAAGCUUCUCUUCUCCAAACUCGCUUGACUUUCCUGUGUUCUUCUAAGGGAGACGAUUUCUCCUUUCAGUUAGGAUACACUCCGCUUGCCGUCGCGAUCAUCGAGCGCCGUGAAGAGAUGGUCGAGUUCCUCCUUGAAAAGGGAGCCGACGUGAACGCUCGAGAUAUUCAUCAAAGGUGAAGUUUUGUCAAAAGCGUGCGUGGGACUGCUGAGCGUUGUUCAGAUGGGCUGGAUGGGAGCCAUAGGAAUGAGCUUUGGAAAAGAACCAGGAGCUGCCCAGAAGGAGCUCCUUCUGUGCCCCUUGUGAAAGCAGACCCGCGCUCGGCUGCUCUCUUACCUCGGGGGAUGAUCUCUGCACUGAGGACUGCAAGCAAGCGUUGGCUGUGGUGCCAACACACACACACGUGUGCGAGUGUGCACACACGUGCACACAGAAACACAGACACACACAGACCUCCUGAGUCUGCUUUGGGGAGAGAGACUCUUGGCCUGGAGACCUCCCGAGGUCCCACCACCCUCAAUUUUCCGACGCAUCCACGUGUUUUGCUGUAAUUUCGCUCUGCCAGUAGGAGGGGAAAUGAACUGUUUGAGGAGCAAAGAAGGACUCAAGUAAUGGCAAGGCAAUGUCUGCAGAAGCUGAUGCAUUUCCUAUCACUUCUUGGACGCUUUAGGACCCCUCUUAAGAUUGCUGCUUAUGCCAGGAAUACAAAUGUAGUGCGGCUUCUGCUUCAGCACGGUGCUGUUCUUUCUCAUCGAGACGAGAACGGCUUCACAGAUAUGGCUUAUCUUGAUGUCUUUACUCCUGGUUUUUCUAAGACACUGCAUGAAUACGUCAGAAGUAAAAGGACGGGAGAAUGCUCUGUAGGAGGUGCAGGAGGUGCAGCUGUACAUGAGAUCUCUUCCUCCGCAACGACUGCUGCCCCUCCCAUGGGAGCACCUGCACAGAGUGGAGCAGGUGUCUUGCCAGAAGCUGGAGCAGAGCAAGAGGAAGACUUUGAUUCCCUGUCUGAUUUUGAGACGGAUUCCGAAGGUCCAAUGGAACUACUUGAUGCCGUCCUGCUUCCAGGUGCAAAGCAACAAGGAGCGUGUGCGCACCCUGUUGCAGAGGAGCGCCACAAUGGUGUGUUGCCAGCAGCAGGAGCAGCACAAGAAGAUGACGAUGAGUCCCUUUCUGAUUCUGAGACGGAUUCUGAAGGUCUAACAGAACUUCUGGAUUCCGUGCUGCUUCCAGGUGCAAAACAACAAGGAGCGUGUGCGCAUCCUGUUGCAGAGGAGCGCCACAAUGGUGUGUUGCCAGCAGCAGGAGCAGCACAAGAAGAAGAAGAUUUUGACUUCUCUUCUUUGGAUGAGGUACUUUGUCUUCCCGAGCUAAAGGAAUUGUUAUGCUUCUUAAGCCCAGCUGCUGAAAGGCAGUGUGAUGCUGCAGUGUUGCUGCGGAUUCCUCUCCUCACUGUCUGUCGGUCUGUGUUCUUGCUCGCUCAGGAUUUUGCACUGGAGAGAGAAGAGCUUCCGCUCAAGAAGGAGGCUUCAACACAAACCGAUGGUCAAGGCGACACUCAGGAAUGGGUCAGGUGGCUGCAGCAGGAGCUUGCCAGCGCUCUCAGAAAGUGCUCCCUGGCAGAAGCUUCACUUGAAGCUGAGAAGCGCCACAGCAGGGACCUGCAGGAACAGAAACUGCAGCUGCAGAAGGAACUGGACAGUUCUAAAGCUCAGCUGCAGGAACUGAAAGAGCGGCUUAUCCGGAACGAGUGUUAUGCCGAGUCCCUGGAGAGUGCCAUAAAGAACAAGGAGAGGGAGCUAACAGCUUCCAAGAACCUGCAGGGACUUCUGGUCACCUCUUCUGGAACUGCGGCUGUCCCAGAGCUGGAAGAACGCGUGCAGCAGCUCCAAGUUCGAAGGGCCAGGCUGGCAGCCACAGUCCAGCAACAAGCCAAGACUAUGGAAGCCCUUCAGCAAGACCUGCAAGCCUCUGCCUCACCACUGCUGAGCCUCCAGCGCCAUUAACACUGAGGAGAUGCCAGAGCAGAGGAAGUGCCGGUGCCCGAAAGCUGAGUGGUGACAAGAGAGAGGAAUGAAGCCUGCAAACCCUGACAUUCCAUCUUGUGCAGCCAUUGCCCUGCAUCUAGUUCCAGCUGUACUGUUGCAGCGUGCUGUUUAAUAAACUGUGUCGUCUA